AUGCCUACCUCCAUCCCUACCUCCAUCUCUACCUCUGUCCCUACCUCCAUCUCUACCUCUGUGCCCACCUCCGUGCCUACCUCCAUGCCUACCUCCAUCCCUACCUCCAUCUCUACCUCCAUCCCUGCCUCCGUGUCUACCUCCAUCCUUACCUCUGUGCCCACCUCCGUGCCUACCUCCAUGCUUACCUCCAUCCCUACCUCCAUCUCUACGUCCAUCCCUACCUCUGUGCCCACCUCCGUGCCUACCUCCAUGCCUACCUCCAUCCCUACCUCCAUCUCUACCUCCAUCCUUACCUCUGUGCCCACCUCCGUGCCUACCUCCAUGCCUACCUCUGUGCCUACCUCCAUGCCUACCUCCAUCCCUACCUCCAUCUCUACCUCUAUCCUUACCUCUGUGCCCACCUCCGUGCCUACCUCCAUGCCUACCUCUGCCCACCUCCAUGCCUACCUCCAUCCCUACCUCCGUGCCUAUCUGUAUCUCUACUUCCAUCCCUACCUCCAUCUCUACCUCCAUGCCCACCUCUGUCCUUACCUCCAUCCCUACCUCCAUCCCUACCUCCGUGCCUACCUCCAUGCCCACCUCCAUCCCUACCUCUGUGCCUACCUCCAUCCCUACGUCCAUCCCUACCUCCGUGGCCACCCGAGCGGUCAGCCCUCCACCCCUCCACCCCUCCACGGCGUGGCCCACAGGGCACGGGCCAGGCUGCCUCCGUGCAGGCCCCCCGCUGCGUGCUCACCUUCAUUAGCCCACGUCAGACCCCUCCUGGUCGGCGUGGGCCGCGCUCUCGCUGUGCCCUGCUCGCCCCCUCCUCUGCAGGUGCUGCCUUCCGUAUUCCUCUCCCCGCCCGCGAGCCGCCAACGGGAGAUAGUUCGGUGA